GUUCGUUCUUUCGAUUGUGCGGUACGAUAAUCGACUUUGCGGUACCGACGAUGGUACUUCUCCGUGUGAGUAAGCGAGUGUGACUUAAAAUAAGUAGGAUUUUUUUUUCAAAUUCCUAAAAAAAAUAUGAUGGAAACCCUAGACAACAGCCUGGAAAUGAGUUUCAAACGCAGUCCGAGCAAAGUCUGGUGGGGCAGCGAAAGUUUGGAAUUUCGCGAAGUGUCUUCCAGUCCUGGCAGUCAAGAUUCCGGAUUUUCUGAUUCCGAAACGAGUGGAAAAGAACGAAAAACUCAACAGAAGGAAGAAACAAUCCCCGAAGAAAAUAACAACGAAGCAGCUACUCCAACGAAAAUUUUAAACAACAGUAAGCAAAUAGCGAAAAAUAUAUUUAAAAUUUCCGUUAACAACUGCGACACCAAUAAUUUGGCAAGCAACUACAAGGAAAAAUGCACCCCCAAUAAGGAAAACAUCGACCAAAGACUAGUGAAAAGCGAACGGAAAGAUUCGCCCCAUUUUCUAAAGAAAUUUUGCACCAUAGAAGCCCCAUUAACAGAACCAUCUAAACGACAAAGUAGGUCCCUUAAGCAUUCACCAAAAGUGAGUAGAAAUUUAUUCGCCGUCACUAAGAACACCAAAGAAUGCCUCGGCGCCGCUCCUAAUCAGUAUUCAAACCUCAUAGAGCGACCAAAUGAAGAAGAACCAAACGAAAAGGAAAACAGUAGCUGCUACGACAGUACCGCGAGCGAAAUAUCGGGUACCAAAUCGGUACCAUUAUUCAAAACUAGCCCUCAAGUUAUCACUCAGAGAGCUACCCGAUCUGCACCCAAUUUUGAGGAGUUUGAGGCUGUGACCUCGUUCAAUUCAACUUCCAGCGAGUGCGAAAGUGAGCUCGAGCAAAUUUUCGAGGAUUUAGAACACACGUCGACGCCGAAGAGUUUUGGUGGGAUGACUAAUGGGAGGAAUAAGAAGUUGCAGGAGAGAUUGAGGCUGAGAUAUCAAGAUCAGGAACGUGUUCCACCAAUUCAUACAGAUGGAAUCACAGUUGACAAUAAAGCAGUGAUGCGAUGGCUGGAAGAAGCCAGAUUGUCCAUAGAACAAGAGUGCACCACAAUGCUCCAGUGCAAAUCCAUAGCGGCAGAACUGAGUCAGAGAGUCAGUCAUUUGGCUGCCUGCGGUACGACGAUUCUGAGAGGCCUUUUGUCACAUUCCAGGUGCAUCGAGAUGGACUACAAGAAUUUGAAUAGUGACUCUAAGCAUAUUAGCCCUUUAGUUCAAAGCCUAGCAGGCAAUAUUUUGGAUUUCCUCAAAACUCACACUUCGCAAGUGAGUUCUCAGAAUUUAAGGCUGUAUGAUCAAAUUCGAAGCUCCACAUCAGCCGAAAAUGCUAGGAAACCUUUGGCGGAGCUUUUCAGCGAAUGGGAAUCGAUCCAGAGGGAGAUUUUGGUGAAAGAGAUCAAAAAGCUGGUGGAUAAAUUGGAAGAUCCCACAUCGGAAAUCGAUUUGAGAGCGACAUUGACUGGAAUUACUUCAGUCGCUUUGAGGAAUGGUGAUUUGAUUGAACAUUUUGUGAAGGCCGAUAUAAUCCCAAUUCUACUAAUCCUUUGUGAAAAAUGCGACGGAUCUUCAAUGAAAACCUCAAUCCUAAGAGCCUUAAGUACUAUGUGCAGCAACUCGUUGGCAAUAAGACACUUUGAAAAAUUUUCCGGAGUGCAAAUCGUGGCCGAUAUUCUCGAAGAAGAAGCCAGACCGGAACCUGAAAGAAGCGAAGCCGUAGCUCUUUUGGCUCAAGUGACAGCUCCGUGGUUGGAAGACAAUCACACGCUUAAAGGCUUACAAGACUAUUCGAAAAAACUAGCCAAAUCUCUAACGAAAUUCUGCGCGGCAACAAAAUGCUGUCAAAACCUACUCCUUUGCGCAGCAGCUUUAGCAAAUCUCAGCUCUAUGGACCCCAAAUCCAUCAAAUACUUAAUCCAAUCGAACACUGCUUCAGUUUUACUAUCAGCCGUUAAAAAUCGUGGUCCCUUAGUCAGCAUUUAUUUGCUAGAGCAAGUGGCUACACUCUUGGCAAAUAUGGCUGCUAUAGAAGGAGCUCGCUUGCAAUUAGCCGAUGCUGACGCCCCAAUAGCUCUAUUGCAUUUUCUUAAAGCCCCCAGGCUUUGUCAGAAUGAAGAUGUUGAAAGGAGGCUUCAACAGAAGAGCGUCAUAGCUCUAUCGAGGCUGUGUAGUGAUGUUGAGGCGGCAAGACAAGUUGUGGAUUAUGGAGGAGUUAAAAGGCUGGUAGAGUUGUGUAGAGAGAAGCAGGAGAGGUUUAAUAGCGACGCUGUUUUGGUUGCAGCUUUGGCUACUUUGAGGAAAAUAUCAGAAGCGUGCGGAAAAGAUGUUUUGAACGUGCAAGACUGUCAAGAGCUUGUAGAACCAAAGUUGCUCGAUUCGUUUUUAGCUUAUUCUACACAGAAUGAAAGUUAUGUGUAACGUGAUGUGAAGGUUUUUAUAUCAAGAGUACAAAAAUGUGAAACCAACGUAUAUUAGAGUGUGAAUUAACUGUCUUGAAUAAGUACUUCUCUUGACUUUAAUCUAUUUUACUUUUUAGAUAUUUAUUUUAUUGUUUUGUUUUUACUAUUCCAAAGUUUACUGAAUGUUUUUACCCCAGUAGUAAAUUAGGCCAGAACAAUUAUAUAGUUGUAUGUGUAAACUAAUAUAAUUUUACUUUUUGUACA